AUGGCCAGAGAGUUUAUGCUUCAACUGGCCUUUCUAAUCCUAACUUUGUCUAUUCUUUACGUUGUGCACAAUCUUCGCAAACGGCCUCCUCAACUCAGGUUUCGCAACAGAACCCGAGAUAACCACCAAUCGAACCGCCAUCUCGUCCAGGGAUCCCGCCUCCUGGCUCGAGCCAGAUCCAUCUCCCAGAGACCUCAAACGAUGGCCCAUGCCAGAAACGCUAUAAUUGAAGCAGACCAAGCUCUUUCUCUCUCACCCAGGGACCCCGCAGCUCACAUCCUUAAAGCUCUCGCUCUCGAUCUCAUGGGUCACCGCACUGCUGCACUCAGUGUGAAGAGGGCGGAGCUGAAGCUGGCGGUGAAUCGACGGCGACGAGUUGACUCGGCGGUUGAAGAUCUGGUUGAGGCGGUGAGGCUGAGUGAGGGGAGGAACACGGCAGCGUUGUGUUCAUUGGGGGAAUGUUACGAGUGGAAGGAGAUGAAAGAGAAGGCCAAGGAAGCGUUUCAGAGAGCCUUGGAUCUUGAGCCUGAGUCCGUUAAGGCUCAUAAUGGAUUGGAUCGAUUGGGCCCGUAA